AAGAAAAAUAAAAUAAUUCAGCACCACAUCACAUCUAUUCUAUCAUAGAAUGAAAAGUUCGAGGAGACUCUUAUGGACGGGGUAGGUGCACCAGAUUCUUCAUUUUGGUCUCAUUACGAAGAUAAAUGGUUCUGUGCCUCCACCAAACAUUUGCCAUUUUAACCAUUAUUAUCCUCUUCUCUGCCUAUAAACGUAACUCAAACCCAAUCACCACUGCAAAAGCUUAAAAAGAAGAAUAAAUCUGGGGUCUUUUUGCUAGAAGUGUUGGAUUUUGUGGUGGUUGGUUUCAGAAAUCAUGGAUUUGGAAUUCUUGCAAUCUCUUGAUGUUCAGAUUCUUGUUGGUGCAGCAGUAGCUGUUUUAGCCAUUGUUGUUGGUUCUGCUUAUCUCUUUUCCUCUAGAAAACUUAAAGGCUGUCUAGAUCCAGAGAAUUUCAAAGAUUUUAAGCUCAUCAAGCGCCAGCAGUUGAGUCAUAAUGUGGCAAAGUUCACAUUUGAACUUCCUACACCUACUUCAGUUUUGGGUCUUCCCAUCGGGCAGCAUCUAAGUUGCAGGGGAAAGGAUAGCCAAGGUGAGGAGGUUAUCAAGCCAUAUACGCCAACAACAUUGGAUUCUGAUGUUGGUUGUUUUGAAUUAGUUAUUAAGAUGUACCCUCAAGGAAGGAUGUCACACCAUUUUAGAGAGAUGCGGGUUGAUGAUUAUCUUUCCGUGAAGGGUCCCAAGGGGCGGUUCAGGUAUCAACCUGGUGAAGUUAGAGCUUUUGGGAUGAUUGCUGGAGGCUCUGGCAUUACUCCAAUGUUCCAAGUUGCCAGAGCCAUUCUGGAGAACCCAAAAGACAUGACAAAUGUACACCUUAUUUAUGCUAACGUUACAUACGAAGACAUUCUUUUGAAGGAAGAGUUGGAUAGCCUUGUUUCCAAUUACCCCGGUCGCUUCAAUGGCUACUAUGUUUUGAACCAGCCUCCGGAAGUGUGGGAUGGUGGCAUCGGCUUUGUGUCGAGGGAAACGAUUCAAACCCACUGCCCGGCACCGGCUUCUGAUAUCAAGAUUCUAAGGUGUGGUCCUCCACCCAUGAACAAGGCCAUGGCCGGCCACCUUGAUGCUCUCGGCUAUUCUCCGGAGAUGCAGUUCCAGUUCUGACCCCUCUAGACGUGGUCGAGCUCGACUUGGACUGUUAUUAAUCUUCCUUAUUU